AUGUGGAACCAAGGUGGAUAUGGAGAAUCAAGCAUGGGUGGUGGAUAUUCACAGUCUCCAGGAGGCUUUGGCUCACCUGCUGCUUCCCAGGGUGGAGACAAAAAAGGGAGAACACGAGCACAGCAAAUAGUUCCGUGCACAGUUUCACAGCUAGUGUCUGCAGUACAGGCAGAGGAUAUUUUCAAAGUGGGAGAAGUGGAGAUUGCCCAGAUCACCAUUGUGGGAGUCAUCAGAAGCACAGAUAAAUCCAUGACCAAUAUCCAGUACAAAGUGGAUGAUAUGACAGCAGCCCCCAUGGAUGUGAAGCAGUGGGUGGAUACAGAGGACCCUAGUGUGGAUAGCUCUGUCAUCCCUCCGGGAACCUAUGUCAAAGUGUCUGGCAAUCUGCGUUCCUUUCAGAAUAACAGAUCUGUUGUGGCAUUUCGUGUGAGGCCCGUGGAGGACAUGAACGAGAUCACCUCUCACAUGCUAGAAGUGGUACAGGCGCAUAUGCUGCUCAGUAAACCACAGGACAGGAUGGGUGGAGGAGGAGGAGUGAUCAGCACCAUGGGCUCUAUGUCACACCCAGGGAUGGGCAGCAUGGGCAGCAUGGGAGGUGGAUACUCGGGUGCAAGUUCUAUGGCUGCUAAUGGCCUGAGUGCUAACCAGAACCAGGUCUUGUGCUUGAUUAAGAGCUGUCCAGAGCCUCAAGGCAUCAGCAUACAGGAGCUCAAGCAGAAACUGAGUGGGAUGAGCAUCAGUGUCAUCAGGCAAGUUGUGGAUUUCCUGAGUAACGAAGGACACAUAUUCUCCACCAUCGAUGAAGACCACUUCAGAUCAACAGACAAUGACAUCUAGGAUGACAUGUAGUCCAAGGGGCACGUAGCAUUCUGACAGAACUCUUAUUGCCCUUUGUUCGGGAGAAGGUCACGCUGCUCCAGGGUUUUGCACCAGGCCUUAUAUCUCAUGUACGAUGGUACCAGUCAGAUGCUCUUCAGAACCGUGCUUAAUUGAAUCAGAUGUGUUUUCGUUGUGUUUGGGGGCUAAAGCCUCCGUAUUCUGUCGCAUCCUUACAGGGCACCUGUCUGUUAUCCUAAGAGUCUGCCACUGAACUGUAAGAACCCCAUGAGAAGUUACAGAGAAGUCAGCCCAAGAGAAUUUGCUAGUGCUCUGACGUAUCAUGUUAAGCAAAGCCCAGGUUUAUUUUGUCCAGCCAAACGUCACACUUCCCAUGUUACUUUUCAUAUUGAUUCUGCUAGACCAGAUGCGUUAUACUCAUCGUUUAAAAGUACCCGUUGUUUAAACACGUCACUGUGUUGAUUACAAAAGUAUGUGAGGAACAGCAAAUAUUGAUGAUGGGGCAUUUUUAUACCACAAACAUUCGAUAUGAUCUUGCUGUUUUUUUUGUCCGU